AUGGCCCCUUCUCGGGCCUAUGAAUGGAAACCCCUUCCACCACAACAAAAAAGUGAUGGAUGUGGGAUUGGAUGUUUUCGAUUAUUUUUCUAUACCUUGUCAACAAUAUCAAUUGCUUUAUCAUUGGGUUUAAUUGGAGCCUCGAUUUACUCAAUUGUACUUCGAGAAGAAUUGCCUGCACUCCUCCAUUCUUCAUCUUAUUCCUAUCUUUUAUUUGGUCUUCUUGGAAUUGGUGGCUUCAGUCUUCUCACAAGUUUUAUUUGUUGUUCGGCUGCUCGACAGAAAUGUGUCACCACUUUUUUCAUCUUCUUGUUGUUUAUUUCAUUUCUGGCUGAAGCCACUUUAUCGUAUUUGGUGUUAGUCGAAGGGAUGACUGCAGAGAGAAAUAUUCGACGAAAUUUUCAAAGUGAUGUCUUCAACGAAUAUGGAAUUGAUAUGGAGAUUACAAAAUCGAUUGACUCUGUGCAAAUUGAGGGUCAUUGUUGUGGUGCUUAUGGAUUUGACGAUUUUCUCAAGAAUAGUCAAAGUGAAGAGGAAGAAGAAGAAUAUGUUGAAGGACAACGCAAACCCCGACGACAGUAUGUGCCGGACACUUGCUGUAAGACAGUGAAAAGAAGCUGUGGAUUGAAUGAUCAUCCAAGCAAUAUCUAUUACACGGGUUGUGAAAACUAUCUUCAAGAAUCGGUGAAGCAACAUUUCCAUUGCCUCUUCUUCACUUGUUUCUUUGCCGCUUUUGUUCAUUUCCUCCAGCUUCUCUUCACGUGGUGUCUCUGUUGUCGUUUAGGGAAAUGCGAGAAGUCUCCAUUGCCCGAUCAUCUCCCGAUCAACAAGGCGAAUUCCAUUCAUGAGAUGUCAUUGUUUGAU